AUGAAAAUGAGAGAAGACAGACACAUUUAACCUGACGCAGUGACGUAUACAGCCACUUCCGCUCCUGCAGGAAAAACACUCGUGAAGUUUGUGAACGGGGACGCGAGCUGGAGAUGGGCUGAACCGAAUCACUUCAGCGAUAAUAAACCGAUUUCUGAUAUCAGAGAGAAGGGGGAAUGAGUAGUGCGAAGAGAGGGGGACAUGCCUUACGUGGACCGGCAGAACCGCAUAUGCGGUUUUCUGGAUAUCGAAGAUGUGGAGAACAGUGGCAAGUUCCUGCGACGGUAUUUCAUCCUGGACACGCAACAGGGCAGUCUGGUCUGGUACAUGGACAACCCUCAGAACCUGCCUGUAGGUGCCAAACAUGUGGGUUCCCUCAGUCUCACGUACAUAUCCAAGGUCAGUGAUGCCACCAAACAGAGGCCAAAGGCUGAGUACUGCUUUGUCAUCAAUGCAGGAAUGAGGAAGUUCUUUCUGCAAGCUAAUGAUCAGCAGGAUCUUGUGGAAUGGGUCAACGCACUCAACAAUGCAACCAAAAUCACAGUUCCCAAGUCCUCUGAUGCCGUUCACUCUGAGAGUCAGAGGUUGGCUUCAAAUGGCAACAAGAAACAGGUCCCAUACAAGACUGAGAUCAUUGCAGGAGUGGCUGUCGUCACGCAGACACAGCAGGAUGGAGAGGUGGCACACAGUGUUGGAGGAGAGAAGGUGGGCUUGAGGAAGGCUCAGAACAAUCCGCCAUAUUUGCACACUAGAGCAGGGCAGGAUCAGGCCGUUAUUAAAGCAGGAUACUGUGUCAAACAGGGGGCUCUGAUGAAGAACUGGAAACGGAGAUAUUUUGUUCUGGAGCAGAACUCAAUGAGUUACUUCAAGUCUGAUCUGGAGAAGGAGCCUUUGAAGAUUAUUCUUCUAAAGGAGGUCCAUAAGGUGCAGGAGUGCAAACACGGUGAAAUAAUGAUGCGAGACAACCUCUUUGAAGUCGUCACAACCUCCAGAACCUUCUAUAUCCAGGCUGAUAGUCCAGAGGAGAUGCACAGCUGGAUCAAGGCUAUUUCAGGAGCCAUUGUGGCUCAGAGGGGCCCAGGCCGGUCCGCAGCUUCUAUGCGUCAGGCCAGAAGGCAUUCAAGCCCCUGUAUUCAGAGAUACACACCACGUGUCACUCAAGGCAGCACGAGCACAUUGUUGGCAGCUCCUGUUUCUACCGCCAGCUCGCGAGUCACGCCAUCCCCUGGACGCCCAGCCCUGCCGUGUCAGCCUACCCAGAAUGCCGCGGUCCCACGAGGUCUGGCUUGGGACAGCGAGCACUUCAUGAGCCUGCUGCCCCUGCCCCGCCCACACGCCCGCCUGUCACUGCAAGAGACCCGCCUCUCCAAGUGACUCACGAGUCGCCAUGGCGGCGACGCAGCAGCUUUGGAAUGUGUGACGUUCCUUUGCCCCAACUUGAUCUGGAUAGUGCGGAUCUUCCUGUCAGCGAGGUCUGAUGGUUUUACAUUAAACUCAUUAAACUCUUGAGACAGAAAUAUUAUGAUGGGUAUCCAGAGUUUAGGUGAUGGAAGGAUCUUUGGAGGAAAGAUAACCAGGGCGUUCGGAUCCAAAGUGUUUCGACCCGAUCUGUCGACCAAAUUUUGAACUUUAAAAGAGUUUCAGUUUUGUUCAUCUAGAUCAGAAACUCUACUACAAUUCAGGCACCAAAGAAUCUUCAAAGUCCCUCCUAACCUUUUGAGCUUUUACUGAAAAGUGCAGACAGAAAUUCAAGAAAUAUGGAUUAAAUGUUACCCAAACUCAAAUGGUUUCUGGGACUGUGUUGGAGGAUGCGAAGAUUCGCACUAACUCACGGACUGGAGUUGGAAAGGCUGUUCGAGAGCUUGUGAGAAGAAGUGAUUACUUUUAAUAUCCCAAAAUUCCCCUACACUGAGCUUUUAUAGAACAUACUUCAUUUGUGUUUCUUUCUGUACAGUUUCCUAUUUUUAAAGGUUUUCUAUGUGCUGUUAAUGUGACUAAUUGAUCCUGUGGACUAAGCUGGGGUUAUUUUGACUGACAAUUCAUUUUUCAUCUUUUAUCCAUGUAUACAUGUGGGUGAAUUCUUGUUGCUGUAAUAUAAUUUUUUUGUCUAUGUGCUCCACUAAAUGACUGAUCAAAUCCACAGUUUAGAUAGUUUGGGUACAGUAAAACUGAGCUGACUGAUGCUGUAUAAUCUGCCUACAUCCCUGUCAUUUUCUGGCAUUCUGGGUAUUACUGUAUAUGUCUGACCAGAUGAGUGAGAGUUUGUUGUUGAAUUGUUCAUUUUGUUGGGAUUUGAGUAUGACUACUAUGAUAAAAUGCUUUUCAGUGCGUUUAUCUUUGCACUGAUUCAUUUUUGCCCUGUGUCUAAAACAAAAGUGCCUGCAUCUUUUUCCUCUUAAAGGUCUGGCAGUUUUAACCCUUAUUUUUUUUCCGUUUUGUGCUGUAACCAUUUUAAUCUUGUUUGUUUAUAUUAUUUAUUAUAAGAAAAAGCAAUAAACCAAGUCUGAAUUUA